AUGUCAUCAACUAAAAUUAACAUAUUUUUAACUGGUGCUACGGGUUAUAUCGGUGGAAGUAUUUUAACUUCAUUACUUCAACAUCCAAAUGCUUCAAACUUUAAUAUCACUGCACUUAUUCGUGGGGGUGAUGAUGAAAGAGUUAAGAAACUAGCAUCACUCCAUGUAACACCACUCAUUGGUUCAAAUGAUUCAUUUGAUAUUAUUGAAAAAGCUGCAAGUGAAUCACAUGUUACGAUUCACACUGCAAAUUCAUCUGAUGAUCUUCCAUCAACUAAAGCUAUUAUUUCUGGUUUAAAUAAACGAACUAAACAAACAGGAAAACCUACAAUUUAUAUUCAUACAAGUGGAACAGGUGUUGUUGCUGAAGAUGUUCGUGGUAAGAAAGGAUCAGGUACAGUCUUUUCUGAUCUUAAUCCUGACCAAAUUAAUGGUCUACCUGAUAAACAACUACAUCGUAAUGUCGACCUUUUCAUAAUUAAUGCUGCCGAUGCAAAUCCUCUAUUAAAAACUGCUAUUGUUCUUCCUCCAACUAUUUAUGGUAUUGGUACUGGUCCAUUUAAUCGUGAUUCUGUUCAACUUCCACUCCUUGUUCGAGCUGCUAUUAAACGACAUAAAGCUGAAACUAUUGGGGCAGGUGAACCAACAUGGAAUAAUGUUCAUAUUGGUGAUUUAGUUGAUGCUUAUAUUAUUAUUUUGGAUCAACUAGUUGCUGCAUAUGGUCCUGAUGCUAAACCAAAUGCACAACCUAGUCCAUAUUUAACAACAGGACGAGAAGGUUAUUAUUUUGCUGAGAAUGGACAACAUACUUGGCGACAAUUGUCAGAAAAAAUUGGUGAAGUUCUAUACAAAAAAAAGCUUGUUACAUCACCAGAAGUUACAAAUUUUCCUGAAGAUGAAGUAGAAAGUAGUCUAUGGGGAAAAGAUAGUUGGUAUGUAGUAGGCAGUGAAUCGAAUUCAAAAGCUGAGAGAGUCAGAAAACUAGGAUGGAAACCACAUCGACCAAGUCUUUUUGAUAGUGUCGAAGAACAAGCUGACUUUUUAAUCAACAAUUCGCAAAAGUAA